AAAAGAGACAGGGAAUUGAGACUGAACCAUCUUCAAUUGUAGCUAAUGAACAUUUUCCCUAUUGGAACAAUUUUCAAUGAAUGCAGAUUAAAUCAGAUUGUGGACUUGAUGCAAUCUCCCAAGCAUGUCUUCUGAGACUGUGAAGUCCCCCCACUUCCCCUAAGUAAAAUGAGAAUUGUGUAGCUUAGGUAAUUUGAUUAAGAAAAUUUGAAUAUAAGUUUGCUUUUGUACAUACCCAGGAAAGGUAGAAAGGGCAGGGCUAAGACAUAAGGAUCCUCCAAUCAAGAAGUGGACCUACAGUUAAAAGGACAUUUUAAUAUGUAAAUGACAUGCUGGCUUUUAUGGUUUGAACAAAAACAUAAAAGCUGAGCUAUUGUGACUACCAACAUGUUCCUGUUCACAUUACUGUAGAUCAACUCCAAGGCUGUACCUCACUGUGAACACAAUCAAUGAUAAAAGAUGGUUUUCUUGAUAUUUCUGCUUUUUGGUAUUUUCCUAAAUGCAAUAGCUGACAAUGGGCACGUCUUAUUUCAGAAGAAUAUCACAGGUGUCUUGGGUGAGCAAGCUGUGCUCCAGUGUGAGUACAAAGGGACUGUGAAAUUGGAUGGAUCCUACUGGCAGACUCGCUAUGAUGCCAACAAGAAAAAAAAAAUAUUUCGGUUUGUCAAUGGUAAUCUCCUUAAAAACACCGAGGACUUUAGCCCUCCAUCUUCUGCAGAUAACCUCACCAUCCUUCUCAACAUCACCAGCCUGGAAGAUGAAAAGGAGUUUACAUGUGUCUUCCAAACUGAGGACGAAGACCUGGCAAAAACUAUUUACCUCACUGUUUUGGUUCGACCAGAACUCAGCAUUGUGUCCAUGGGACAAGAGGACGAGGGAUUGGAUUAUCAGUCAGUCAUGUGUUCGGCCUCCAAUUCCAAACCAGCAGCCAGCAUCUCCUGGAUGAUAUCUGGUGAUGCCCCUAGCAAUGUCACUUCCAUCACCUCCACCACAGUGACACACCCAAAUGGCACUGUGACCCAGACCAGUGUGUACAAGUUUCCCACCUAUCUGCAAAAGGAGGAGUUUGUGAGUUGCAUGGUGGAACACCCAGCUUUUGCCGAGGUUGUGAAGAUGAAAACAAACGUGUACACCUAUGCUGUCCCCAACAUGACUAUUGAAACUCACAACGUUCGUGAAAACGGAAUUGAAUACAAAGAAGUGAAAUGCACGGCAGCUGCAGGCAGACCGGCCGCAAAUAUUACAUGGGUGCUGCAAGGCAACAGCUCUGGAGACAUCAGAAACACCACUGAAAAGGACGACAACACGAAGACAGUUACCAGCAGGUACCGGUUUCUCCCUUACCUGCAUGAAGGGGAGGAAAUCUCAUGUGUCAUUCGCCACCCCACGCUCUCUGUUCCAGUGGUAAAGACAGCAUCCCUGCCAGCAUAUCACCUGUCCUCCAUACAUGUUCUGAAUGGGGAGAGGACAGACAGAACAGUGGACAUGGGGAUACAGGCCUUGAGGAGAGUGCUGCUAGAAACAGGCCAGUACAACCAGAGCAUUGUACUGGAAGUGUCUGGGAACGUUCCACAUUAUGAAGUGAAGUGCAUCAAAGAAAACAGUUCUUUUCCUACAGACAUGGAAGUGGGGAACAGCACUCUGUGGAUUAGGGGACCUGUGGGGAAGAACCAUGCAGGAAUUUACAGGUGUCAGGCUACUUACUACAACCAUCGAGUAUCUGUUCAGUUGGAAAUAGAGGUUACUUCAUUCCAGCCAGUACCUCCUAGCAUCUGGGCUGUGAUGUCAGACAGAACUGAUCACAAAGUAAUUGAGUGUUCAGCCCUGAACAGCAUUCCUGCAGCUAACAUCUCUUGGCUGCUGCCAGACAGCCUCACUGGCCACGUAUCGUACAACAGCAUGGACAACAAUGGAACGCAGUCAGUAAAGGCAUUUCUUCAGAUCCCAGCAUGCUUGCACAAGGAGCACACCAUCACAUGUGAGAUCGAGCACCCAGCCCUCAAGCAGAAAGAGAUGAGAAAUAUCACUGUUCCCCCAUGCUUACCUCCCAGCAUCUGGACUGUGAUGUCAGACAGGACGGAUCACAAAGUAAUUGAGUGUUCAGCCCUGAACAGCAUUCCGGCAGCCAACAUCUCUUGGCUGCUACCAGACAGCCUCACUGGCCACGUCUCAUACAAUAGCACGGACAACAACGGAACGCAGUCAGUAAAGGCGUUUCUUCAGAUCCCAGCAUGCUUGCACAAGGAGCACACCAUCACAUGUGAGAUCGAGCACCCAGCCCUCAAACAGAAAGAGAUGAGAAAUAUCACUGUUCCCCCAUGCUUUGCCCCCUAUAUUACUGUACAGACCGGUAAAGCUUGUGAAAAAGGAAGAGAGUACACAACUGUGGAGUGCAUAGCAAUUACCAGCAAACCAGCUGCCAAUAUCUCCUGGACUCAGGUGAAGAACAGCACCGAAGAAUUCAGAACAGGACACGUCACUCAUCAGAAUGGCACAGAGACAGUCAGCAGCACCUUUCGCGUUCCCACACACUUACUCUCUGGACAAGAUAUAGUCUGUGUGGUAGAGCACCCUGCCCUUCUUACUGUAGAAAGAAGAACGAUACGCCUACCAUCAACAACUUCCCCGGCAAUUAAAGUCUUUUUGCUCACCCUGAAAAACACACCACGAAUGCUAGCUAUAUGCGAGUAUGUCGGGAGUCUGGAUGUGAACAUUACUUGGCUCCUGCCAGGGAACAACACAGGUGACGUGAGCUUCACAUCUACGUGUGAGAAUGGAAUGAUCAAAGCCAGCAGUACCUAUGAGUUUCCCUUCGCAUUACAUGAAGGGCAGAAUCUGACCUGUCAGGUAGAACAAGGAGAGCACCUUUCUGCUGAGAGAAGAGCCAUAAGUGUUCCCCAAUACUACAUUUCAUCCAUCAAAGUAUUAAAUAAAAGCACAACAUUUCCCAGUAUUCAUGGUGCAGAUUCUGCUGAUUACAGAAUCAUGUUGAAGACAGGCCAACAGAACCAAAAAGUUGUACUAAAAGUAAAUGGGAAUGUGACAACCUAUCAGUUAUGCUGCACCAGGGAUGGCAGCUCUGCCAAGCAGAAAGUCGUGGGGGACACCCUUAUCUUCGAGGGAGAAGUCACAAAAGAGCAGGCCGGACUGUACAUCUGUGAGGCUGCAUACCACAAUCACAGAGCAUCUGUACGGAUUGAAGUGGAAAUUGCAUCAGAAGACAUGCUGUUCUGGAAGUACAUCUUGAUCUUGGUCUCCUCAGCGGCUGCUCUCGUCAUCAUUGUCUCUCUGUUUCUGCUCAUCCUCUGCAAAAAAGCUGGACAAGAUCUUUCUACUGCUAAGAACACUUCCAACCCAAAAACAGGAGAUUUAAUGAAGGAACUGACUUCUCUCGUGCAUGACCCAAAGUCACCAGAGUUACUCAAGAGCCCAGCCAAAGGAAAUGGGGAGGAAUACGCAGAGCUGGUGAUGUACAACAUUGUCAUUGAUAUCAAGACAACAGUCUGAACACCCAACCAAGGCUGGCUACUACAGACUGCUUCUCUUGUGCGGGCUACUUAGAUUAUAGGUAUCUCCCGUGAAGGUUUGACACAAGGUUUAAUCAUUGAGCAAGGAUGAAGGGGUUAUUUGAAAGAAAUCAACUGAAUGAACAAAUUUCUCUUAGAGAAGCAAGUGGCCUUAUUGAGGGGUCUGUGAGGGGAUCUUUAAACCCUUGAUUAGUGCUUCAUUGUCUGCUUAUGUUUUAAUGAAGAUGGCAUCAUAAGGAGAAGUUUAGAAAUUAGAAUAAGAAAUAAAAAUGAUAAAUAUAAUGCAAUAUUAAUAUAAGUAACGGUGUCUCAGUUUGUGAAUUUUGAUUUUACUUAAAAUAAGACAUUUUAGAGAGUAUUUUACAAAGGUUAACAAAAAGUCUAUGUUUGGAAACAAACAAGUAGAAAAUUAGGCCUCAUGCUAAAAGGUCAGUUGUGUGCUUGAGUGCUUAAGGUCAUAUCUCUCUGUACAUCUCUCCUGAACGACUGAUCCAUACUUCACAUAUUACUUGUCUGAUUUCCAAUUACAUGCCAUUUUGGUAAUACUGUAUGUUGUGUUGUGAUCCACAGUUUUGAAUGGACAGUUUUGUUUGUAGAACGUGUACAAGAACCCGUCUUAAAAGCUACAUAUUCAGUUAACCUGGUCAAUAUGGUCACAGUAAGUACCAGAUGAUGGCUGAGUAUUACAGUACCACUCGUGUCUCUUGGUACAGAUUCUGCUUAAUAUGCAAUGAAGUCUUUAUUAAUAAGUACAGUAGGUGAUUGAAAGGGUGCACUAAAAAAACUUUUACAAAGACACAGAAUACUGAAACACUGAGGAAACAGAGAUUACCAUGGAGAAAAACUGUGAAUCAAAAGAUUGAUUUAAUCAUUUUCAGAUUACUUGGAACACCCACUGUACACCCAUUUUAAAGUCAUAACAAAAAUAUUGUACAGUUUUCUAACACUUAAAUCACAAAAUGGGAUAUUCAAAACUCUUGCCUAAUAGACGAAUAAGAAAUACUGUAAUGGCUCAGGUGAAUAUGUUAGAUCGCUGGCAUCUAACCCUUGGCUUGCACAAAUAUGACAAUAUCAGUAGAAAGCCAAAAGCAAUUAGCCUGUAAUUAAAAACUCAGCUGGAGCAAAAACCAGGAGAUUGUGUUUCCCAGGACCAGGGUUAGGAACCACUGUCUUGGUGAAAUUCAUUGGAAUUAGUACUUCAGACAUUUGGUAUUAAGAUUUAAAUGGGUACAUUUGGUUUAUCAUUCAGUGUAUUGAAUGAGAAUCAUUAUUUGCAGUUUAAAGAAAUGGUCAAUUUUAAUUGUACUUUAAUCCACAGUAACACUUCUUCCCAUUAUUUUCACUUUGUUGUAUUGUAUUGUGAUUGUAUCACAAAUUAAGCAUUUCCAUUUCCAUUUUUGUUCUUGUGAUUGUAUAACAUACUUUCCACAAAGCGCACUUUUUCAAAAAUGUUUAUAUUAUGAAACAGAAAGAGAUUAACUUGCAAUGUUGUGUUGUAGGAACAAAUCAUGGUAGAAAUGAUGUUUAAGAAAUCUGCCAGUGAAAGCACAGAAAACAAAAGAAAACUGAAGCUCCAGGACUACAGAACAGGAAAAUACAUGUUGUAUUUGUUUUUCCUUUGGCACCGCAUAAAAGAUUUCCUUUGGAGAAAUUAACAUUCCGUUCAAUUAACGUUAAUUAUAGUUAAAGGCUUUAUGAAAGUUUGCAUUUUAAAUUUUUGAAAAAGGCAUUGAAACUCUCAUUGAAAACAAAAGUACUGUAUUUGUUUAAUUUCAUUUUUGAAAAUAUGUGUAUGUAAAAUGUAAAUUUCAUAGCAUUACCAAAAACCUAGAAAAACCUAACAGCAUUAUCGAUCUCCAUGUUUUAAC